AAAGUCCUCCAGCAGGCCAGCCCCAAAGCCUAUGUCUCCAUCCGACUUUCUGGACAAGCUGAUGGGAAGAACCUCCGGCUAUGACGCACGCAUCAGACCUAACUUCAAAGCAAACAAUACAUACAUAAGACUGUAACGAGAAAGGCGGGACGAGAGCCGUGAGGGAACGGUGACGCAAGUGAUAAUGAGUGUCAGCUGCGCGUUGCACCGGUCUCGCGUCUCUCACGGAGGAGCUACGGAAGCAUAAAAGGAUGAGCGACGGGAUACGACGAGAGGACCAGGCCUGGACAUUGUGUUAAGUUUUAUUUAUGUUUGUGUGGCCGGCAGUUGACCGUGAGGUAGCUGUCGGCCCUUUACUUUCAUUUUGAAGUUUGGUUAUCGUUCACCGGUUCCCACCUCCUUUCUUCCCGUUUACUUGGAACAGUAUUACAAAGACGAUGAUUUCUUUGAAGUCAGUCAAAUUGAGUCUUGAUGUCUGAGCAAAACCUAAAAAUGCUGCCUCCACAGGAACCUCACUAGGUUUUAAAAUCGAGCAAGAAUCAGCAAAGUUCUCCUGAAUGUUCUCAUUAAAAGGAUAGUUCACCGAAAAAAGAAAAUGCUGUCAUCAUUUUCUCACUCACUCCUGUAAUUUUAAACCUGUACGACUUUAUUUCUUUCGAAGAACACAAAAUAUUUUGAAGAAUGUCGGUAACCGAAUAACAGUGGUACCCUUUCACUUAAAUUGUAUGGACACAAAACCAAUGCAAGUUAAUGGGUACUGCCAUUUUUCGGUUACCAACAUUCUUCAAAAUAUAUUUUACAGGUUUGAAAUGAAAAGAGAGUGAGUAAAUGGCAGAAUUUUCAUAAUUGGGCAAACUAUCCCUUUAAGUGCCACAUGGGUUAUCUAUUUGCUAUUUACUCUCCAAACUUCUCAAGACAUUACAGGGGGUGUGUAAAGUAAGAAACUCUUUUAUAUUUCAACAGGACCACCGGUAAAUGUCACCUGCAACAUUUUCAUCAACAGUUUUGGGUCUAUUACAGAAACAACCAUGGACUACAGACUUAAUGUGUUUCUACGGCAACAGUGGAAUGAUCCUCGAUUGGCCUAUAGCGAAUAUCCAGAUGCAUCUCUAGAUCUGGACCCUUCUAUGUUGGACUCCAUAUGGAAACCCGACCUGUUCUUUGCUAAUGAGAAAGGUGCAAACUUUCACGAAGUCACAACAGACAACAAGCUGCUGAGGAUCUUUCAGAAUGGAAACGUUCUAUACAGCAUUAGGCUAACACUCAUCUUAUCCUGUCCUAUGGAUUUAAAGAAUUUCCCAAUGGAUACUCAGACCUGUACCAUGCAGCUUGAAAGCUUUGGCUACACCAUGAAUGAUCUGAUCUUCGAGUGGCUUUCUGAUAACCCUGUGCAGGUCGCGGAUGACUUGACUCUUCCCCAGUUUCUAUUAAAGGAGGAAAAAGAUCUUGGCUACUGUACCAAACAUUACAACACAGGUAAAUUUACCUGUAUUGAGGUGAAGUUUCACUUAGAGAGACAGAUGGGCUACUAUCUCAUUCAGAUGUACAUCCCCAGCCUCCUGAUUGUCAUCCUGUCUUGGGUGUCUUUCUGGAUCAACAUGGAUGCCGCCCCUGCUCGGGUAGGCUUGGGUAUUACCACUGUGCUGACCAUGACCACCCAGAGCUCUGGCUCACGAGCCUCUCUACCCAAGGUGUCCUAUGUAAAAGCCAUCGACAUCUGGAUGGCCUUUUGUCUGCUGUUCGUAUUCGCUGCGCUGUUGGAGUACGCAGCAGUCAACUUUGUCUCAAGGCAACAUAAGGAAUUCAUCAGGCUGCGUAAGAAACAUCGAAGGCAGAGAAUAGAGGAGGAGUUUGUUCGGGAAAGCCGAGGCUUUUACUUCCGUGGGUACGGACUGGGCCAUUACUUACAAGCAAAAGAUGGAACAGCUGUGGAAGGAUCCAGCGUAUUCACCCCACCACCCCCUGUGCAAGUCCUAUACGAUGGAGAAGCAGUCCGGAAACGCUUUGUGGACCGCGCCAAGCGGAUCGAUACCAUAUCGAGAGCUGUGUUCCCUCUCAGCUUCCUCAUAUUUAACAUCUUCUACUGGAUCACCUACAAAGUACUGCGACACGAGGAUAUUCAUACCAACCUGUAAUAGGGCCAUCUCUCCUGGUUACACCAAUUAUUUACCGCUUCUUUUCCUGUAUCCUUUUUCCUUCAACCUAAAGCAGCUGUUACAUCCACACUAGGAAUGUAUUUCUAAGGCAUUUUCGCCUCAGAAAUGCUAUCAGUGCUCAAAUCAUGUGCUCAGGUGUGACUUUUUGAUUUCUAAAAGAAUAUAAAGUGCCCACUCAGAGUGACAAAGGGGAGCUCGUAGAUGCAAAUGCUGCUGGUGGGGACGUGGCUCUCCUCUCUUUGACAUCUUCAUUUGAGUGGACCUGCACUAAUAUCCAGUGCUAUUUUUCUCACUUCCUCAGCUCCAUUCGGGUUAUCGGCUGAAAGAAUUGUGUGCUGUUUUGGACAGAAAAUAUUGACUUGAAUUUACCACAAGGCGCACCCUUGAAUGAAUGUUUUUCAAAACCUCAAAACAAAAGUGUUUUUUACACCUUCAAAUGCGAAACUAAUGGGCUGUGAAGGGGGGAUUGGGAUUUAUUAUUCAUGGAUAUAGUUGCAGGGGAUGGUGUACUGUUUUACAAAUAUAAUGAGAUUAUUAUAAAUAUAUAUGACUGUAUAAAGUGUACAUAUGCAGAGUUGUUUGAAGACUGCAGACAGCACAAAUGUGUAUUUCUCUUUGUCUUUUAAAUUUGAAUAAAUGGAUAUUCUACCAGGAAAUAUGAGUUGUUUUGUACCAUGUUGCAUUUUUC